AUGGCUUCGCCUUCGCAAACUCUUAACGACCAAGCCAACGGUGGGAGACUGAGCCGACUUUUGGUAAAUAAAGGAACGCAGGCAUUGAGAGCGGCAUUCGACUUCAUGUAUCCUCCACCCACUUUAACUGCAGUGUUAAACACAAACAAAGCAAUACUACAAAAACUGAGGUACAAGGUGAUAAAUACUUCACAAUGGAAACUCUUGUAUCCUUCUUCAGGUCUGCCAGAUUCGCAAAAUUUUGAUGUGACUUUGUUGACCGUACUUUUGCGAAACAUUUGUGGAUUGACCAGGCCAGCAAGUGGAUGGGAUGCUUUGCCUCCAGAUUCUGACACGUCCGUGGCAGCUAACAUAGCGAGGAUCAAAUUUUAUAGAAAUCAGGUUCAUGCUCAUAUUACGACUACGGAGGUUGCUGACAACGAGUUUGAGAACUUGUGGCUGAAAAUAUCUAAAGCAUUGAUUGGUCUUGGAAUUCCCAAGUCUGAAUUGGAUGAAUUAAAAGACGCUCCUCUCAGUCCUGAAGAAGCUGAUUGUAUCCAGCUGUUGGAAUAUUGGUAUAAAAGUGAAGUCGAAAUGAAUGCUGACCUCAGGGAAACCAUAGCAAAAUUUAAAAACUUUCAGGAAGAGCUUGAGCAAAAAUCCCGAGAAAGUGAAAACGUGUCGGUUGCGAAUAAGCUGGGCAAGUGUGAUUUCAGUGGGAUCAGAAGAAGUUUGAACAAAACGUUUUUACCAGGAACAAGACGAUGGCUUUUAGAUCAAUUCAGCGCUUGGUUUAAAGAUAAAAAUUCUAAUUCGAAUGUAAUGAUUCUGACCGCAGGUCCGGGAGUUGGAAAGAGCGUUUUCGCAGCCGAGGUUUGCCGAAUGUACGACGGAAAAGGACAGCUGGCAGCUUGUCAUUUUUGCCAGUACAAUAAGUCGGAUUACAGCAAUCCACGCAUGAUAAUCGAGUCCUUGACCAGCAACAUGUGCGACAAUGUAAAAGGUUUUAAAGCUAAACUUGAUGAUCAACUGCAAAGAAGUCAUUCCAGAGAAACACUAUCAGAUGCAUUUCGAGUUCUUUUAAACGAUCCUCUGCAUGCCCUAAGAAAGCGCGAACCAAUGCUAUUUGUUAUCGAUGCACUGGAUGAAAGCGCGGUUGAAGGAAAAAGUGAAUUUCUGGAGUUAAUUUCGGAAGAGUUUCCUAAACUACCCCAGUGGAUCAAAAUCUUGAUCACCAGCAGACCAGAGCUACCAGUGAAAGAAGAAUUGCAGCAUCUUAAUCCCGUGCAAAUUAUCCCUCGUGAUAACAAUAACAAGGACGAUCUCCUGGGGUACCUUCGAAAAUCCUUAUCACAUAUCUGUAACGAUUUCUACGUCUUUUGGUCAUUAGCUGAAAAAUGCGAAGGAUCAUUUCUUUACGCAUAUUACACUCAAUUAGAGUUGAAGGAAACAACGACACAGCUAACGACAGAAAACAUUUCCCAACUUAUUCCCAAAGGUAUAAGUGGUUUUUAUCAAAAGCAAUUUAAGCAUUUAAAAAAUCAACUCAAUGACUUUGGUUCAUCGGAAGUCAAGUUGAAGCGUUUUCUUCAAAUCCUUGCUGCGGCUAAAGGCCCACUGCCAUUGAGUUUAUUGCCCGAGUGUCUAGGGUUGCCUGAUGAUGUCGAGUACGAAGUACGUGACUCAAUAAUUGGAAUCAUGUCCUCGAUUUUGCCUGUUUACGACAAUUGUUUAACUGUCUAUCACAAGUCACUUCGUGAUUGGUUGAUGUCUGAUGGUUAUGAAGAACAUGCUUUUACUGUUGAUUCCCACAGUGGGCAUGAGUAUUUAUGGAGAGUUUGCAAGAAAGAGUUUGAUCAAAUCAUUUCAUUGAGUACGUUCUCAAGCUUUAAGCCAUCUCCGAUGACAAAAUAUGCUCUAGCUCAUGGAAUUUUUCAUAUGAUCGAAUCUGGCAGCAAAACGAGUUACCAUUCGUCAGUCGAUGUAAAAAUAGUCCACGCGAAGAUCACGAAUCAGAUAGACCGCGAUCAAAUGGCACGCGAAUGGAAGGAAAUCGUUAAAAAUUCACCUUCAAGUUUAAGCAGUGAACUGUUACAGGAGUUGGACUGGCAUAUCGAGCUUUUUCAAAGUUCUUAUUUUUUGAUUGACAUCCGAAAGCAUCCUGCAUCUUAUUUACAAUCUGUAGCAAAUCGAAUCAAUUGCAGUAAUGAAACAAGAUUACUUGCUAGAUUAUUGUUAGAACAUGGGCAUCAUGUUUGGUUUGAAGAUUUGGACGCUACAAACCUAACAAACCAUUUUUACACGUCAGUUUCCUUGCGAACGGAUGUUACGUGUAUGUGUGUAUCAUCCAACGAACAGCUUGUUGCAGCUGGAUGUAGAGAUGGAUGGAUUUCAAUUUUCAGAGUGCCAGACUUCCAAGAAGUACACACCUUUGAUACCAUGCCGGAAUCUAAUGCUUGUCGUUCCAUGCACGGUGGUCCGUUGUGGUCCUGUUCGUUUUCGCCAUCAAGCGUCAGGCUGGUUACUUGCGAUGGUUCAGAAAAGGUAAAGUUAUGGGAUGUCAACAGUGGCAACCUAUUAGCACGAUUGGAAGCUGGAGGACCUGUUGAUCGCUGCUCCUUCAGUGAAUGUGGUUUGUUUAUUGCGGUGUACAAAGAUAUGAAGAAUUAUGAUCAAUGCGAUAAGUUAACGCUUGCUAAAGAGUGCAUACAUGAAUGCGAUGAGUUCACUGUGUGGUAUGCAUUAACCCUACAAAGAGUCGAUCGACGCAUUAUUCACCCAGAAGAAAUGGAUCCAUGUGAUUGCCGAUUGUCUUUGUAUUACUUUCCCUCCGGUAGGAAUAAUGAGAAUGAAUUUUUACUGUCCUGUGAUGGUGGUUGUAUUUAUCUAUUUCAGUCACACCAAGGCCUUCUCGUUAUUCGUCUGGCCAGAGCAUGUUUACGAAACUUUCCACGGGAUACCAUUAGAUAUCACUGGCGCUUCUGCGUGUUGUACCAUACCAAUGAGUUAACUAAGUUGACUGCAUUCGAGGAUGGUCAAUCCGUACACUACCGUUAUUGUAUAUGUCCGUGUGACUCGGAAGCAACCAGACUUGCCAGACUUACUCCCGUUAGAGUUCAAAAACUAUACGUGGUGCCAUUUGUUAACAAGUUAGAUAUCUUCAGUGUUGCCGAUCAGCCUUCAAUGUCGAUUCAGCCUUCGUUUGUUUCAGAACCGUAUGACAUUUCGUGUUGCUGUUUCUCACCAGACGGCUCUUUCCUUGCAACUUGUGCAAAUGGUGAUCCUCUUUACGUUCUUAUUUGGGACACUAAUCUUUGUACUGUUAUACAAGUCGUGCGAUUCCCUCUGUUGCGGGCAGAGGGCUGCUGGUGGUCAGAAAGUUUGCUUUGGAUAUAUGAUAUGGAUGAUGUUCUCGUGAAGAUACCCAUCUCCAACGGACGAACUUUGGACCCAUCAAGCGCACGAAUAGAAGAGAUCGAUUGGGAACCCAGGAAAUUGCUGACCUUUUCAGAUGUGCUAAUUUUCAUCGACCAAGAGAAUUCUGUCAAUGUGGCAAGAAUUAAGAACGGUGAGUUGCAGUAUGUGGAGACGUUGCCCGUUGAUAACCCGAUUAUAUGUGCGGCAGUAUCAUCUUGUAACUCAAUCAUUCUUAUGGUUAGCUGGGAAUUAACCUUCCAUGUAUGGAAAGAAGAUCAAACCUCACAGCCUCUUCACUGGGUAGCUUCAAACACUGGAGAACUCCUAGACAUGAAAGAUUUUUCUGUUGUGAAAGGCAGUGAAUUAAAAAUCAAGCAAUGUAAAUGUUGCAUCACAAGCGACAACACUAAAGGAGUUUUGGUGUUGAAUUUUUACUCAAGAAAGAUCAGAACGAUUAGAACAGGGUAUUUUUUUCGCAAAAGAUAUUUGCUACCACCUCCAGGACCACAUUUGAUCUUUGUCGAUUUAAACUCGCUAAGCUCGAAAAUCACGACGAUGAUGUCUCCAGAUGAUGAUUACCGGAAUGACAGGUUCAAACGAUUGAUCGAGAUUUAUGCUGGCAAUUCUUAUUGUGUUGUCGCUGAUGAUAGGAAUAAUUGUCACUGGUUGGAUGCAGUGAAUUUAGCAACUGGCGAAUAUGUAGCAAAAUGGAGGAUUUCUGAUAAGUUACCUUACUUUGAUUCUCCGAAGUUCAUUGUAGCGCAUUCUAGAAACGAUAUUGUUGCUAUUAUUUCAAAAAGUCCUGCUAGUGUCCGGUUUUGGAAAAUUGUCGUUCCAGAGUGA